CUUGACCAGUGAAGCACACGGCCUCGAUCAUUCCGGAAUUUCCUUCGUCUUAGCGAACUCCAUUUCCUCACCUUUCGGGUAUUUACUCUCUUUCCUUCGAACACCAUGAAGACCUCGACGUUCCUGCUCCUCGCUGUUGCGGUUGGUGCCAGUGCCGCUCAGAACGAGACCCAGACGUGCGAUAUGGGCGCCAUCGAGGGCAAAUUGCUGCCGAACGGCACGACCUGGCACGACAGCUGCGCCGCCGCUACGGGCGUAGACGUGUUCGAUCUCAGCUCGCUCCCGACGAAGACAGAGGCCAAGACCGUCCAGCAAUCGCGAGACUGCGUCAACUACCUUAACCAGCUCAACCAGAAGGCCAACUCGGAGAUCCAAUGCCAGACGACGGUGGGCGACCAGACCGUCAGUUUCGCUUCGCUGCUUACGGAUCUGCUCAAGGGCCAAUCCAGCAACAAGACCAAGGAAGCUGUUGUCGGCUCGGACAGCAUGUCCGGCAGCGUAUCGCUAUCCGCCAGUGACUCGGACAGUGAAUCCGCCUCAGCUAGUGCCUCAGGCAGCGAGUCCGAAGAGAGCAGCUCUGGGUCAGAGGAGGACGCGUCAGCAGACGCUCAGAAGGACAGCGAGAGCGCCUCCAAGAGCAGUGCCGCCGCCAUCACCGCCACCUUUUCCGUCGUCGCAGCUGCCGCGACCACCGUGCUCGCUUUUGCACUUUAGACUUGUGGUCAGCGUCUGCGACUACCACUGCCAAUUAAAGUUUUGAGCGUUGAUGAUAAAUCUCCUUUUUACAUUUUGAAGCAUUCGUUGACGUUGUGCGUGCUUACUUUUACGCCGACCGAAACAUAAACAUAUCAGCAUCUGCACGAUUGAUCAUCGCCC